AUGCUCUACGUCGUCGAGGUCGAGACGUUCGUGUCCAAGACGAUCCGGCCGAUCUCGCGACACCAGCCUGAGGAGUUCUGGGCGUACGAGGGCACGGCGCCGACGCACUUCUUCCGCGAGCUGACCAAGACGCCCGAAGGCUGCCAAUACCUCCGCGAGAAGGGAAUUGUGCCCGACUUUGCGGAGGUCAUCCGUUUGCACGGGCUCGAGGCGGAGAAUCAGGAGAUCAUGAACGAGGUCAAGAGCGCGCUCUGGGUUAUGGUGGAGGGCGGACUCGCGUUCCUCGAGGACGAGGAGAUCAUCGAGGUUAUCGUCGAGAUUGCCGACCUCUCGCCGGUGAUCACAAUGAAGGGAACGUGCUUCUUCGUUCUCGGCCUGAUCUCGUCGACGCUCGUUGGCGCUGAGAUCUUGGAGGAGUGCGGAUGGAUCGCGACACGCACGCCAAUGGGUCAGACGACGGGCCUGUGUCUCCCCGAUGAUCUCAGCCGCUUCGUGCACCUUGACACUUGGGAGCCCGCAAAGGUGCCAAGUGGCAUUGAACCGCUUCCACCCUUCAGCGGCCUCGAGGGCGAGGUCAUGCACAUGAUCUCGAACCUCAGCAACUACGUCCUGGCCGGCACGGCGAUGAACAAUCUGAAGCGCGUGCGCAACCGGCAUCCGCGAUUAUUCGCCUCGACGACCUUGUUCCACCGCGCCCUGCGCGCGAUCUCGACGAACCACUUCCAAGCGCCGGUCCGGCGCUUCAUCCUCGACCUGUUCGACGUGCAGCUGACGCCGCACUCGCUCGCCCGUCUUGCUCACAUGGAGCGCGGUGGUAGCGAACGCAUGUCGCAUCACGAGCGCAAGGGAUCUCAUGAGCGCAAGGGCAGCGGACACAAGCGUUCCGACUCAAAGGACAGCACGGGCGAGUCGCGGCGGCGCUCGCAGAGCUCGCCCGGCCCCGAACCGCGCUUCGAGCGCCUGACCAAACUCGAGGACGUGACGGAGGGAAGGGAGAUGCCCAACUUUGGCGCACCGGAAGGAGCGAGAAGGGGAAGAGACGACAUUGACUUAUUCGAGCGCGCUGCCGCUUUUGAUCGCGCAGACGGCGUCGGACAGAGGAACGGGGCUGGAGAGCAGAACGGAGGCACGCACGCGCUCUACCAGAUGCAGCUCGCUCAAGGCCACGAGCGGGAGCACGCGCAUCAUCGCGAGUCGCGCGAGUCGCGCAAAUCGGUGCCCAGUGUGCCCUCGCCAACUGCGUCUCCCCACUUCCCAACACCAACGCCCUCCUUCCGUCGUCCAUCUUCUGUGCAAUCCAUCCGCCAUCAACAGCAACCGUACGACGAGCGUCGUGCGCCAUCCCCUGGGCCGCGCCAGCAGAGCCCCAUUCGCCACCCAUCCCCCACUCGCCACUACGAGCGCCACGAACGCUACGACUACCCGCGCGAGACGUACCAGGAGACCUUCCACGAGGCGCAGUAUCCAUCUCAGCCGGCCCGUGUCUAUGACGAGCAUCCACCCCCCAACUCGCAGCGCCCCGCCGGUCCCUACCACCGCUCGCAGUACACGGUCGAGCCGACUCCGCCACCGUCCCAGCCCGUCAGGCGCACUUAUACCCCGAUCGAAGCGCCACAGCCGCAGCAGGCGCCGAGGAAGACAAGUUCCAAGGCCACAGUCGAGAUCUUCAACAAGCUCAUCCUGAGCUCCUACGACCUCCAUCCUGAGCUGACGACAGUGACUUCAACUCUGCAGGAGACAACGGCGACAUUGGCGACCACCUUGACCGAGAGUCUGGGCACGAGCCUCGCGAGCAGCCUCAGCACCAGUCUCGCCGCCAGUAUCACCGAGUCAGUCACCGCAGCGCUCGGCACACAGGUCACGGAGGCCGUUGAGAAAGCAACACGCGCCUCAACCCAGUCCCUGCCCGCUAUCACGGCGCACCUCGUGUGCGAGAAGACGAAGGCGGCGUUGAGCUCGAGCGAGAAGGCGGUCGAAGCCGCAGUGCGCAGCAGCAUCAAGAGUAUCCAGCCGCCGACGGUCGCGCCGCCAGGCGGCACUAUCACCGCUCUCCUUCGCCCGAUCAACGAUAUGAAGACUGCGUUCGAGGAGAGCCGCGUCGCUGAGUCGAUGCGCUUCGUCGCCGGUAUCACGGACCAGAUUAGCACCAAGAUCGCGCAGCUCGAAGUGUCCGUGUCUGAUGCGGUGCAAGGUGUCCAGAGUCAGGUGGAUGCUACGGUGCUGCAAGACGCACUCGGCGGUCUCAAAGAGCAGGUCGCGGCCGUCACUGCCUCCAUCGCCGACCUGAAAGAAAACGGCUCUUCCUCGAAAGAUGUCGAGGGGUCGCUUAUGGCUUUGGAGACGGGCGUCGGAGACAUCAAGAAGAGCAUGGGGCGUCUGGGCGUGAUGGAGCAGCACCUCGCCGGCAUCCAGAACGGCUGCGAACGCACUGCUUCCUCGACUGAGCAGCAGGCCGCGACUUUCCAGAACCUCAGCCUCGUCACGCAAGCGCUGGCAAAGAACUGCGCCACCAUCCCGCAGCUCGGCGAACAGCUCCGUUCCCUCUCCGCGGACUUGAACGAGCGCCCUCAGCAGCAAGCUCUCGCCAAGAUUGCGCUGGAUCUCGCCGCCCUCAAGAGCCACGGUGCCGCGCUUGGCCCCAUGGCAACGCGUCUCGAGACGAUCGGCACCGGUGUGGACGCCUUGCAGACGCAAUGUCAUGAGAUGGGCGGGCAGCUUCAGCGCUUGCACGCGAUCGAGACCGGCAUGGGUAACGUUCAAAGCGGAGUGGAUGUACUUCGACGCAUGGACGGCACGCUCUCCCAGAUCAAGACGACACUCAGUACUGCUCCAGCAGAAGCGCGCUCGUUUCAAGGCCACGGCCGUCAAGCACAUAUCACGGAGACACCCCCUAGCUCUCCAUACCAACCGACAGCUGUCAGUGAGACUGCGCUCAGUCUCAGACGAACAUCCAACGAUGUCGAUAGGUCACCUCAAGCCCCUAGCGGAACAGUCUCCCAGUCUCCAGCCGUCCCUCCGUCUUCGUACGGCUCUUCCGUUUCCGCGGUUCCCGUGGCCACCCAGACCACCACGCCUCUACCCUCAUCUGGUCACUCUACGGCCUCGAUCGGUCCGUCAACGGGCGACAUUCCGCUGAAUAAUGGACGCACAUCGGCCGACGAUGAGAUCGCCUCCGCAGAGUCAGGCUUACAUCUCCUCUCUGCUGUUGCAAGCCAGGCCACCGCCAGUGAGACACAAGCGCCCCGCCCUGCUUCACAAAGUUCUACGACGCCGACCGGACCGGAGCCGCUCGAUACGCAGGGUGCUACUCCCGCUCUCACGCCAGACACCUCACCUUCGACUAGUUCAGUCGGGCUUAGUACUCCCCGCGCCCCGCCUGCCUUCCUAACAGGUGCCACGACCCCCACGCCUUCGCUCCCAUUCAAUGCCCGCGGCGUGGAGGAGCCGCGAAUGCCAGUCCGAUCUCCAACUACGCCUCCGCAGGUUGGGAAGGGCAGACAGAAAUGGAAGGACGUACGCCCGACCCGAAGAAGCACCCGGAUACAAGCGCGUGAGGGUACGAGAGUAGUUGAGCAGCAGCCCGAGCAGCCUCAGGGGCAAGAGGGGCAGGAGGAGCCGCGCCAGCAACGUGCAAGGACACCCGAGGUGGGGCAAUCUGCGGACAAUGAGACCGACGCCAGGCUCUCGUUAAGUGCGUGGCUCUCCGGUCGCAAGCGCAAACCCCAAGCCGACCCCGAGUCUCGCCCCACGAAACGGACAACGAACAACAGCCUCUCCAGUAUGAUUUAUAGCGGAGGGGAGGGGUCGGGUCAUGGGCCAAGUGGCAGCGGCGAUGGGCAAGGUGGACCGGGAGCGAGAGGCAUCUAG